AGAUGGUACGAAAGAGUGGGGGUUGUGGUUUGUAGCAAACUUCGGGACGUUUCUCAUUUUAUGAAAUUAAAUUAAAGAGACGGAGUUUGCACAUUGGACAUUUCGUUGGAGAGAUUAUUUGAGCAACUUCGAUCUCUGAUCUCUGCCUCUCACUUACCUCCUUCCCCCUUCCUCCUUCCUUGUUGUUUUUACACAAAGCUAUGGCUUCUCCCUUCCGUUCAGACAUAUUGAAAGGGAAGGUGACGUUGAUUACUGGCGGCGGCUCUGGAAUCGGCUUCGAAAUCGCCACCCAAUUCGGUCUACAUGGAGCUUCCAUUGCCAUCAUGGGUCGAAGGAAGCAAGUCCUCGAUUCCGCCGUCGCCGCUCUCCGAUCUCUCGGAAUUUGGGCAUUUGGAUUUGAAGGUGAUGUUCGUAAACAAGAAGACGCAAGUAGUGUAGUGGAGUCUACUUUCAAUAAUCUUGGUAGUCUGGACAUUCUUGUGAAUGCAGCAGCUGGGAACUUUCUGGUAUCAGCAGAAGAUUUGUCUCCAAAUGGAUUUCGAACAGUUAUGGAUAUUGAUUCAGUUGGCACAUUCACAAUGUGCCAUCAAGCCCUCAAAUAUCUCAAGAAAGGUGGACCUGGAAGGAAUUCACUUACCGGCGGAACAAUUAUUAAUAUUAGUGCAACUUUGCACUACACAGCUGCAUGGUAUCAAAUUCAUGUAUCUGCAGCCAAGGCAGCUGUGGACGCUAUUACAAGAAAUUUAGCUCUGGAGUGGGGAGCUGAUCAUGAUAUUAGGGUAAAUGGCAUUGCACCUGGACCCAUCCAGGGGACUCCUGGUCUGAGUAAACUCGCACCUGAAGAGAUAAAUAGCAAAAUAAGGGAAGAUAUGCCUUUGUACAGAAUAGGAGAAAAAUGGGAUAUUGCUAUGGCUGCUCUUUACCUUUCCUCGGAUGCAGGAUCUAAAACACUUUGGAGUCGAUUGUUGGAACUGCAGAAGGUUAAUCUUUAGUAAUUUAAUAUCAAACAUUGCAUCUACUUUGAAGGUAAAUACGUGAAUGGAACGACCAUCAUUGCUGAUGGAGGUAUGUGGUUGAGCUCACCACGUCGGUUGCCAAAGGAUGCUGUUAAGCAGUUGUCACGAGUAGUCGAAAAGAGGUCUAGAAAUUCACCUGUUGGUGCUCCAAAAAGCAAGCUGUGAUGGAGAAUGUAACCAAUAAAUUUAGAUGAUUUGAUUGUUAGUACUGAAUGUGCCCUUUUUAGGUAUUAUUCAAGGAAUCCAAAUUUCUGUCCACCGGAAAGUUGAAUCUAACUGGGAAUAGGAAAUUUGAUUCCACAUUAUGUAACGCUUGAACGCAUAUUUAUAUACUUACUAUACCUGUAAUUGCAAGGAUCGGGAUGGAUACUAUGAAAUUGGUUCUCAGAGAUUGUAGAAAGGAGAGUCUGGUUCAUCUUA